AGUUGUUGGAUAAACGAGCGGCCGAAUGGUUGUAUAAACGAAUGCGCAAACGAACGAUCGGUUAAAAUAAAAGAAGAGAAAAUGAAAGUGCUAAAAGACAUCAUAAUAGCGAUAAUUAAAAAGACAUUAAUAUAACUUGCAAGUUAUGUUUAGUUGAAAAUUUUGAAGAAUAAAUACAUAUGCACGUACAUACACUGCGCAUGUAGCUUUUUUAAGUGGUUAUAAUUACGUUAAUUUUUGCUACAAUUUAUGCACAAUCAUACACGCACGCGCACGCGCACAUCUACGCUACGCACAGGCGCCUUAUUAGCUUGCGCCCCAACCAUACCAAAUCCCAGUUACUAGCCCACAAUUAUACAUAAAUACAAUUUUAUAUAAAUAACAUAAACAUAAACAAUAAAAAAAAAGACAAUGAUAAAAUUGAAAUCGUUGUUCCGCAGAGGGCAAGGACCCUCGGGUUCGUCCAAGCACUCCGCCUCAUCCUCCAGCAGUCGCAACAAAUCUCAGUCCACCACAUCGCUAAAUACUGUCGGCAGCAGCACUAAUCAGGAAUCCACAGCCGUCACCCCUACCACAGCCACUUUUUAUCCGCCCAUCGAUCCAGCCACCGAGCGUGGCGUCGAUAUAGGUGACGGUGAUUUGAAUAUAAUUCCAUCGUUAGCAGCGCGUACACGCAGUCGUACGCCGGAGGCUGUGCGCAGCACCAACAACAACACCACCGCUAACAACGCAUCAAACCUCAGCGCCAAUACAUUACCACACAAGAAGGCAAAAGUAGCGGGCGGCGGUAAGAAAGGACAAAAGCAGCCAAAACCAUUGCCCGUGGUUGUCGUCGCUGCACAGCAACAGCAGCAGCAGCAGCAACAACCAACGCAACCGUUACAUCCACCGCCCGCAACACGCACCGAAGUCGGUGUAGCUGCCGCACCUAUUGGCAAUGUAAUGACGACAAUAGCCACCUUGCCGGGAAGUCACAAUUCCGCGGUUAUUACGACGGCGACAGCAGCCGCGGUGUCGGCAACAAAUAACAACUACAGCGUCAGCGGUGGUGGCGAAUCGAGACUGCCAACAUCGGUUGAAGCAGGCAUUGACUUGUAUAAGCUGAAUGCGGCCAAUUAUCAGCAAUUUAUUAAUAACGAGCAACUAUUGCAGCAACAGCAACAACAGCAUCAACAACAUUUGUUAGAGGCUAAAACCAAAAUGCAGGAUCUGCAAGCGCAGCUGGAACAAUUGGGCCACGAAAAAUCAUUAUUAGAAACGCGUAUUGCCGAGUUGAUGCCUUAUCAGGCGGAAGUAGGCAAAUUGAAAUCCGAAUUGCUGAAGAUGCAGACUCAACAUGAGAAAAGUCAAUUGGAGGUGGCAAACCUCAAGUACGAGAAUGAAUCGUUGCGCAAUCGCUUGCGUGAUGUCGUCAACUCGCCGCUAUCCGACGCGGAGAAACACCAAAUUAUACAAGACUCACAGCGUUUACACAGUUCGGCGCCGGCAUCCAUUGCGUUGCCAAGUACAACGGAUAACGAUGUGGGCGGCGGCACGCCUUGCCUCACGCCCGACUGGGACAAACAUUCGUCGUCGAGUGAGAUUUCCGUCGCUUGCCUACAGGAUAAAAUCAUACAAAUGGAAGAGACGCAUUACUCCACCAAUGAAGAGCUGCAGGCCACGCUGCAGGAGUUAGCCGAUUUGCAGGCGCAAUUGAGUGACGCCCAGGCGGAGAAUGAACGUCUAACCGAAGAGAAAGAUGUACUCUUUCAGACACUCUGCCGACAAACUGAGAAACUGAAUGAUUCACGUACACAAAUCAAUACACUACGCACGGAAAUCAGCUCAUCCGAACGUGAACGUAAGCUACUCGAUUUGAUUAAAAGCUCGCAAGACGAACGCGAAACGAUACUUGUCAAACAGGAGGAGCUUAAUGCUGAACUGCAGGAGUUGCGCCAGCAAUUAGAUGCCGCACUGGCGGAAUGUACGCGUACGCGUGAACGCAAUGCACUACUCGACUCUACGGUGGAUGCAGCGAAUGCCGAACGCAAGCAAAUGGACGCACAGCUUGCACAAGCCAAGGAAGAGAUCUCACAGCGUAGCAUCGAGAUGAGUCGCUUGAGUACGUUGCUCGAGAAUGCACGCUCAAAAAUCGAAGAGCUCGAACAGGAUUUGGCGCGUGGUGAGAAAACGGAUCUGAGCGAUUUAUUGGAUGCGGCCCGCAAAGAGAAAGAUGCGCUGGAGGGGCGUGUGGCUGAGUUGCAGGAUCAAUAUUCGCGUGCACAAGCGGAAAUUAGGCGGCUCAAAGAGCAGUUAUCUGGCAUGACAGAGGAAUGCAAGGUGGCCAAGAAUAAUGCCAAGUGCGCUGUCUCGCAUCUGGAGUAUCGACUGGAGCAGCUGAAGCAGGAGAAGGACAAAUUGUGUGGUGAACAUCAGCAACUGGUCGAGAGCACCAACGAAUUGCAGGUGCAAUGUAAAUGUCACUUGGAGGACAAACAACAACUACAAAACUUGCUCAGCGAAACGCAAAAACAUUUGUGCGAUGUCGAGUGCAAGCUGAAUGCAACCGAAAAGCAGCUGGAGGAGGAGGUGAAACUACGCAAACAGGAGGCGGAGGAGUGGCAGCAAUUCCAAUCCGAUCUACUAAUGACGGUACGCGUUGCCAAUGAUUUUAAGACUGAAGCGUUGAGUGCGCGCGAACAGCUGGUGCUCGAUAAUAAAACGCAAAAGGAGAAGAUACGUCUGCUGGAGCAGCAAAUCGAGAAGUUGACCAAACAACAAAUGCAACAAAACGAAACACAGCAAUCGGUGUUGAGCACAGUCCAGCAGGAGAUGGCUUCGCGGCGCAGUAAAAUCGGCAGUGGACUGAAUCGGCAGGAUUCGCGUUUGUCGGUGAAAACGCUAAUCGAAAGUAUUGAAAAUAAUAAGCCCAAAGUUGAGGAGACCGAGUCGCAUUACAGUUCCACGUCUAGCCUAAACAGUGCUACGCCGGAAAUAAGCAGCAACAAUAUGCUACCGCCGCUUGGCAAUGCUGUGGCAGCGGGCGCGGAGUGGAGUGAGAAUGUGCGCCUACAACAAAACACAACAACGGCUGCUACAGCACCAACAACAACAACAGCAGCAGCAGCAGCAGCAUCAAAUAAUCAUAGCAUACCAACGGUAGCAAGCAAAACGCCGCUGCGUGAACAACAAUUGCACCAACAGCAAGCGGCAUCAGCACCCGUAGGAACAAUAGCGACGGCGACAUCGUCAACAACAACAACACCAACAUCAGCCUUAGUUAACAGUAAUUUGCACCAUUUUGGUGGACUGAAUAGCGUUACGGGCAAAUCGCUUAUAAGUGGCGAACGUAAGGAUCCUUUGAAUAUGUUGGCGAAAAAUGGUGGCUCUAAACGAAAUGCACUCCUCAAAUGGUGUCAAAAUAAAACCGUUGGCUAUCGCAAUAUUGAUAUCACCAACUUCAGUUCAUCAUGGAAUGAUGGCUUGGCAUUUUGUGCGAUUUUGCAUUCCUAUUUGCCGGAUCGCAUACCCUACGAUACGCUGAAUCCGACCAAUAAGCGUCGGAACUUCUCGUUGGCCUUUGCAGCGGCCGAAUCUGUGGGCAUACAAACGACAUUGAAUAUCAACGAUAUGUGUCAGAUUGAGCGACCCGACUGGAUGCAAGUGAUGUCCUAUGUAACGGCUAUUUACAAACAUUUCGAGACGUAGGCAGCAAAAGAGCAAGCACACAAACGCAAAAAAAACACACACACAAACACACACAGACGUAUAUACAUACAUACAUACAUGGAGUAGUUGGCAAAUAUUGCAUUGGCGAAUUAGCGAUUAUUUCGAUGUAGUUUGCCAUAUAUACGGCGUGGUUUGUGUGUAUGUGUGUGUUUACAUGCCGUAUGCACACCUUAGUCCCAGAAAUUGCUGCGUUUGUCGGAGCAUGGUGAAAUAUUAAAGACUUAAUCUGCAGUAUAAAAAAAAUACAUACAUAUAUUAUUUAGUGGCAAUGGCAUAACAUACUAUAUAGUACAUACAUACAUACUCUAACAUAUUAUCAUACUCUUGUUCCAUAGUUUUAUUUAAUUUUCUUUUAAUUUGUAACUUGUAUUACUGCUUAUAUUAUUGUAAUUAAUUUACACACACAUACAUACACAC